AUAAUUGUUUAGCAGUCCAAUGUGUGUGGUGCCGCAUUUCCCAAAGAAAUUAAGAAGAAAGAAACAGAGAGGCUCCGUAAACUGUAAAUCGCCUCCACUUCCUCAAUCGCUUUGUCUUCUUCUCUUCUCUCUUAAUUUUCGAAGCUGCAUUUAAGAUCCUCACGAUUCUUGUAUUUUUCUUGUUCGUUUCAAUUACGGGGCUCCCCCAACUUAAACUGAGAGGUGGAUUUAUCAGAAUCUUUCAAGAAACUCACGAGAUCUCCAUGGCUAAAGUGUGAUUUUACAGGAAGCGGCGCGGCGAGAGAGGGAGGCUAGGACGAUUUGGGGAUUUCUGAGCGAGCAAAUGGACGACGGUGUCGAUGGAGGAGGGAGGCGGCGGAGGACUCUUAAGCAACGCCUCGGAUUCAAGGUCAUGGGCUGUUGUGGUGGUGUUGCUACUUGGGGGUGUCGGCCGCCGGCGGUGAGCGUGAGAGGUGGAGACGACGACGACGACGACGAGGAUGACCGGAGAGUACCAGACGCGGAGGUGAUGAACACGCGCCCGUCUCCGGAGGAGAGGGAUUUGGAUCGGAGUUGCCUGAGUCCGUUUUCCGGUUCGUCUCCGGCGCCGUCGGGAAUGAACCUGGCCACCGCUCUGGCGGCGGAGCGUCGUUUAAGAGCGUCGCCACGAGGAGCGGAGGGAGGUUUGGUGGAACCUAAUAACGACGAGUUCGAUUCACUGGCCGGAAUAGCGGUAACCGGAACGCCGUUGAGAGUGUCGUUAUUGAGGCUUUUGGAAGAAACGGACGGCGGUGGCGGGGUGGCGGAAAAAAAGAGAGAAGAGGCGGGAAAUGAUUCGGUGUGCUGCGUGUGUAUGGGGAGAAAAAAGGGAGCGGCGUUUAUCCCAUGUGGGCACACUUUUUGCAGAGUGUGUUCGAGGGAGCUUUGGUUGAAUCGAGGAUCGUGCCCGCUUUGUAACCGUUCGAUCCUCGAGAUCCUCGAUAUAUUUUGAAGUUGCAUGAUAAGUAUGGUGCGGAUGACAACAGAGGAUAGCCGGUGACGGAAGUGCUUUUGCCUCAAGAUUCGAGACAGACUGUUUUCAUUGGACGGCACUGAACGAUGCCGUAUCUGGGCGACAUCUGGAUGCGGGUGAGAAAAUUUUCACUGUACGAAAUUAAAUUAUUAGUUUUGAUGUAAUUGAUAAAUUUAAACUUUAUAUACAGAGGGCUGAAGUUGAACAGCAACUAAUACUUUGGUUGGUGGUUGAUUU